AUGAACGGGUCAGCAAUGUACACUGCGCCUAUCGUGCUGGAUAUAAAGUUGAAAAGAGGACCACAAGGUACUGGGUUUAACAUCGUUGGGGGUCUGGACCAGCAGUAUGUCCUGAAUGACAGUGGGAUCUAUGUGGCUAAAAUCAAAGAGAAUGGCGCUGCAGCCAUGGAUGGAAGAUUACAAGAGGGAGACAAGAUAUUGGCGAUUAACGGCCACAAGCUGGAGAACCUGUCCCACGGUGCAGCAGUGGAGCUCUUCACGUCAGCAGGAGAGGACGUGCAGCUACGCGUACAGCAGAGGCCCACCAUGGUCAUGAAUGUUCCCACCAGUUCCAGGCCUGACGCUGACUCUUCGGUCUCCUCCUUGGGAAUACUUGUGGCUGUCCUGGGAGCUGCUGCAGCCGUUACUUUCCUCUACAUACGCUUCCAGCCACAACUGAGGAGGCACUUUUAACACACUAACUUUCUCCUCAAAGCAUUUUUUUUUAAGAGCAAAAGCUGGGACUGAACUUUGCUGAAGGCCAAAAAAAAAAAAAAAGAGAGGGGAAGAAACGAA